UGCAAGCUAAUCGUCAGUAACGAGAUUUUCGAAAAAGUAUUCAUACGCAAGUGUUGUGGAAGUAUAUAAAUAUUGUAUAAUGCACGCGAAAAUGAAUCUUAAACUACGUUUAUUAUUUGUGUUUAUUAUCGUCUUUAUAUUAACGCACGAGAUCACAUCUGAGCAAUUAUAUCCAUCAAUAUGCCUGUUGCCUGUGAAACCGGGUUUUUGUAGAGCGGCUAUACCGAGAUACGCGUACAAUUCAGCUUCCGGACAAUGCGAACAAUUCAUAUAUACUGGCUGUCAUGCAAACGCAAACAAUUUCGAAAGUAUGACUGGGUGCGAAUUGACAUGUAAAACUAUAUAACGAUGGAUAAAAAUGUCAAGAAAGUACAGAUUUAAUAAGAAAUUUAUU